CACGCAGCUGCUGCAGCCUCUGCCUCGCGUUGUCAAACACUACAGGAAGGAGGAGUGUUGUUGAGUGAUGCAGAAGUGUGAACGAGUUCAGAAAGAACCCUAACGCCGAGAGACAGACGGUAAUAUGUGAGGCAACCCACAUUAUUACUAAUGUUGAGGCAAAAUGGCCAGGAUCUGUGCACGAUGCCAGAAUUUUCCAUGAGUCAUCAUUAUGCCAGACAUUUCAGCAGGAGAGAGAGAGAGAGAAAUCUGUCAUUUACUGCAACAUUUAGAUGGAUGUGAAAGAGGAGACGUGUGAGGCUGACAUGAAUAUCAUGGUGGAGAGGACCGUAAAUGUUAAGGAGGAGGACUGGGAGAGCGUCCACCCUAAACAGGAGAGUCUGGACAUUAAGGAAGAGGACUGUGAACUGGGGUCAGUGAGUAUUAAAGAGGAGGAUGAAGAGAAGUGUGUCAGCACUGAGAGUGUCAAGGAAGAUGACCUUCAUUAUGAACAUCAAGAUCGAGCAGUGACCGGGCUGGUCUCUUCUCAUAGCAGACACUCUUCAUCUCCGGCGUCUUCUAUCAAUUUAAAACAUGAAUCAUUACAGUCUGACACAAAGAUGACUGAAGAACUUUCAUCUCCAAUAAUUCAGGAAGAUCAGCCACCACCUAAAACGUCAUCUAAAACAAGAAUCAAACUUCACUGCUGUUCUGAAUGUGGCAAACAGUUUUCAAAAAGACUUAAUCUUCAGAGCCACCAAAGAAUUCACACAGAGGAGAAGUCAUAUUCCUGUUCUGAAUAUGGCAAAAAGUUUUUACGGAAAAGCAAACUUCAGAACCACAGAAGAAUUCACACAGGAGAGAAGCCAUAUUCCUGUUCUGAAUGUGGUAAAUGGUUCUCUUGCUGUAGUAAUCUUAAGACACACAUUAAAACUCACACAGGAGAGAGGCUGUAUUGCUGUUCUGAAUGUGACAAAACAUUUUCACAGAGAAGCCAUCUUCAAUGCCACAAAAGAAUUCACACAGGGGAGAAGCCAUAUCCCUGUUCUGAAUGUGGUAAACGAUUCUCUCUCAGGAGUUACCUUCAGAAACACAUUAAGACUCACACAGGAGAGAGGCCGUAUUGCUGUUCUGAAUGUGGCAAGAAAUUUUCACAGGGAAGCCAUCUUCAGUGCCACCAAAGAAUUCACACAGGUGAGAAGCCAUAUUCCUGUUCUGAAUGUGGUAAACAAUUCUCGCACAGUAUUACUCUUCUGAGACACAUUAAAACUCACUCAGGAGAGAAACCAUUUUGCUGCUCUGAAUGUGGCAAACAAUUUUCACAGAGAAGUUAUCUUCAGCGCCACCAAAAAAUUCACACAGGAGAGAAGCCAUAUUGCUGUUCUGAAUGUAGUAAAAAGUACUCAGAUAUAAGCCAACUUCAACACCACAAAAAAAUCCACACAGGAGAUAAGCCGUAUUGCUGUUCUGAAUGUAGUAAACAAUUUUCUUACAAUAAUAUUCUUCUGAUGCACAUUAAAACUCAUUCAGGAGAGAAACCAUUUUGCUGUUCUGAAUGUGGCAAACAGUUUUUACGCAGAAACAAUCUUGAGUGCCACAAGAGAAUUCACACAGGUGAGAAGCCGUAUUGCUGUUCUGAAUGUGGUAAACAAUUCUCGCACAGCAUUACUCUUCUGAGACACAUUAAAACUCACUCAGGAGAGAAGCCCUAUUGCUGCUCUGAAUGUGACAAAAAGUUUUCACAGAGAAGUCACCUUCAGUGCCACCAAAGAAUUCACACAGAAGAGAAAACAUAUUCCUGUUCUAAAUGUGGUAAACAGUACUCAGAUAGAAGCCAACUUCAGCACCACCAAAACAUGCACACAGGAGAGAAGCCAUAUUGCUGUUCUGAAUGUGGUAAACAGUUUUUACGUAGAAACAAUCUUGUGUGCCACAAAAGAAUUCACACAAGAGAGAAGUGUUUGGAUUAGACAAACACACCAAGAUUAUCCAAUAAGUGAACUUGACCAAGAGGAGACUUAAGAAAGACUCAGGCAUUGACUAGGCUGCAGACAUAAACCAUAAAGAGCAAAGACUGAAGCAGUGAAUACACCAAAGGAUUUAAAUGAUCCUUAGAAACGCCUUGACAGUGAGGAACAAACACAAGCAGUUAAUCAUCUAGUAAAACAGGUGAUUUCAUACAGUUUUGUGAUCAUCAACUGGCCACAGAAAGACCUCAACAGUCAGAAUGUAAAGACAAAGUUGCUUCAUGCCAACCAAAUAAUAUACAAAAGCAAUGCAUGCCAAGGCUUUAUGCUCCCAGGGCAGACAGCGGAAUAUGCCAAUAGAAACAGAUUACACAUGCAGAUCUUCAAUCAUAGGAGUGCCAGUAUUCCUUUUCAGCUCACAGGAUUGCCACAGUUUUAAAAUAUUACAGCCUAAACUGGAAAGCCAAGAUCAAUCUACAUCAAAAAGCUUGGUUAAGAAAUCCACAAAACUGAAUGUUUGCACAGAGCGAGGUGAAACAACUUUGUAAAAAGAGCAUAAAGAAGAUAGUAACAUGGUGGACCAACAGAGGAGAAAAACAACUUGAGAGACCACAUAUGCAGUAGGAAAUACACAGAUCUCAUACCAUAAGCUAAUGUAGACCACAACCUGACACACAUGAAUUGCUCAGGAGAGGAGAAAAGAGGUGCAGAAAUGCAUGCUUUCUAAUGGUCACUUAAGAUUGUGGAUUACAAGUGUGGAAGCCGGCCUGGACACAGACAGGCGGACACGUUAAUGUCACCUAACACACGUUUAUUUACAAAGUCCAUUAUUUACAAGUGCACGCAAACCACAAAAGUCCCCAAAAGUCCUGGCCACAACACAAUACUGCCUCAUUUCUUUCCACCAAGCUCUGUCCUUCUCCUCACCCGA